CAAAAGUGAAAAAUUGAAAAUACUAUUUUGUAAAUAUUAAAAUUUCUGAGGUGGAAUGGGCUUGAACAAUAAACAUUGUUAAAAUGUUUCCGACAAAUCACAAAACCAUAUUUGUGUUAGAUCACACGCCAUACUUUGGAAUAUCUUCGGACAAUCCGAUAGAUUUUGAUGUCUCCAAGAGUAGGGGACCAGGUUAUGUGCCUCUUCCACCGGUAUGUAAAUCGCUAUGGACAUGUAGCGUUGAAGCCGCUGUGGAAUAUUGCCGGAUAGUCUGGGAUUUAUUUCCUGAAGGAAAGUUGGUACGAUUCGUAGUCAGUGACUCUAACGCGCAUCUCCUUAACACCUGGGCCUCAACACAACAGAACUUGACACAUAUACUGAAUGGGCUAUGUCUAGUUGGUCCAGUAAGACGCGGAGCUGGUGGUGAUGUUGUGGGGCUGGUUGCCGCCAUUGAGUCUCUGGCUGAACCUUCCCCUGUACAGGCUUCUAGGCCACCGUCGGAAAGAUUGUUUCAGAAUUGUGGCCGCAUCAUAUGCAUAACAAGUGCCAGAGAUGAUGUGUCAAUCAGAAGUUUGGCUGAGAUAGCACUGAACACAUUGGUACAACAGAAUAAAAAGGCCUCUACACCUCAGCCUGCCACUACAACGGAUGCCUCAGACAAUCCACAAUCUCUCAUGAUUCACUAUGUUCAUCUUGUAAUCAUAAAUGUGACACCAGAGAAGGCAGACACCAGAGUCAACAAUCAACCUAUAACAGAGAUGGGCGGUGGUCUAAUGGGUGUCGAAGUAAUUGUGUGCAGAGCUAGCAACCUAGCUAAUCUACUGGGUAGGCUAGUGCUCCCACAUUACAGGCUAGCUAUAACUACAGUUACUGGCAUUCCAAUGAAGGAAGAACAAAACGCCAGUUCCAGUGCCAACUACGACGUCGAGAUUAUACACUCUGCGGAGGCUCAUGCUGGGCUACGCGCGGCGCAAACAGCGGCUGAGGCUACGGAAUCUGUAGUACUCCGAUGGUGGACGCCUCGCGGCGCGGAGGGCGGGGCCGGCGGCUGCCACGGGCCGCUGUGGCGAGUGACGCCCGCCGACGUGGCGUCGCGACCCUCCGCCUGCCUCGUCAACUUCCUGCUCAACGGCCGCUCCGUCACGCUGGAGAUGCCCAGGAAGGGCGGAGGUCGAUCAGCGUCUCACGUGCUGGCAGCUCAAGGCGGGGAGCUGUGGAUUGGCGCGCUGGGCGGACGGACGCCGUACGACGAUCCGCCCGCCCUAUCCGAGGGCGCUGGUGGGAGGGUUACAGAUUACAGAAUAAAAGAGUUCGGAGCACUCAUGCAACAGAACAAGCUACACCCGAUGCGUGGCGCCGGCGCCAACGCGAAGUCGCGGGCCAAACUCCAAAGGCACACAACAUACUGGCCCCUCACUAUAUCCUCCACGCUCAUAUUCAAUCUGGGAUCUGUCAUGGAACCACUCACCAAGCUAGUGGUACAGGAAUCUCUAACGGAGGAUGAAAUAGCCUCUUGUCGUAACGUGAUGUUGGCGCUACUGGCUAUGGAGUCGCGACAUGAGCUGCCGGCUGCGCAGUUGCCUUCUAACAUGCGUGGCAAAUGGUCGUCGCGUCGCGAGGAGCAAUGGAGGCAGGUGUGGGGCGAGCUGGAGGCGCUGAUCAGAGCGCAGCCCGCGUCACCCGCGCACCGGGCGCUGCUGCGCAUGCUGCUGGAGUGCCGCGCGCACAACCACGCUGACGGGGAUUCAUCCCGUGCCACAGUGAUCCGAGCUACCACGGACUCUCCUCUGUCACCAGUAGGCGCGGGCGGCGGCAACGACGUAUGGGCACCGCGGAACGUUCUAGACUCGUUACUGGGAGCGCCGCGUCCGCCACGACGUCCGGACUUCGCGGGCCGCAUGGCCGCCGGCAACAGGCCCGCCACGCUAUACUCGCACUUACAGCAGGACGUGGAAGCGCAGCAUUGAGAGAACAUGAAUCAAUUUGGCUGCAGAGCGCAUGGACUGAAAGAUCGAGAAGUGAAAUAGCAACGCACCUACAGGAGUCAGGGUGCAGCUGAUGUAAGAUGUAAAUAAAUUAUUAUUACGCGAA